CUCCUCCUCUUCUUUUGGCUACAGUGUUGCAAAAGCAAAGAGCAAUAAACGCACACACACACAGACAGACAGACACACAGCCCCGUAAGCGCCAGAAGAGAGAGUUAAAAGAGAGGAGAGAACGGUUUCUCUGACAAUUCCGUUUAGGGAGCAGAUGGAAAAGUGGAGACUUGUGAAGGGCUGUGAGGUUGGCUAAGGAUCCAGGAGCGAAAAGAGCCCGGCUGAUUGGAAGAAAAAAGCACAGAGAUGGAGGCGGGGGAAGUGCAAUCUCUCUGCGGGGACUGGAGCGAGUCCACGCCCGGGGCCAGCGCUGCAGAGCUGGCCAGCAUUCAACCAGCGCUCCCCAGCUAAAAGCACCCAAAAAAAGCAGCCCCCAAGUUCCUUCUUCAGCCUGGCUGAUUUGCAGGCUCCGGCGGCGGUUGGCUGCAGCUGCUGCUUCCCCCCCCGGUUGCAGACUCGGCUGGUGGCCGGCUGACUCGGUAAGGAGAAGGCGGUCGGGGGGCAGAGAAGAGUGAAGCGUGGUUGAUUUAAGGUAGAUUGAGAGACAGCAGGAGAGACCCAAAAGGGAUCGCCCUUGGGUCAGACAGGUGGAGAAUGAACGGAGAAGCAGAUUGCCCUACAGACUUGGAAAUGACAGCUCCCAAGAACCAAGACCUUUGGUCCCAGGAGGACAUGCUGACCCUGCUGGAAUGCAUGAAGGGCAACCUGCCCUCCAACGACGGCAGCAAAUUCAAAACCACCGAAUCCCAUCUGGACUGGGACAAAGUGGCCUUCAAGGAUUUCUCUGGCGAGAUGUGCAAGAUGAAGUGGAUGGAGAUCUCCACCGAGGUGAGGAAAUUCCGGACGCUGACGGAGCUGAUCAUGGAUGCUGAGGAGCACGUAAAGAAUCCUUACAAGGGCAAAAAGCUCAAGAAACACCCCGAUUUCCCCAAGAAACCCCUGACACCCUACUUCCGCUUCUUCAUGGAGAAGCGAGCCAAAUAUGCCAAGUUACACCCUGAAAUGAGCAACCUGGAUCUGACCAAAAUCCUGUCCAAGAAAUACAAGGAGCUCCCCGAAAAGAAAAAGACGAAAUACAUCCAGGACUUCCAGCGGGAGAAGCAGGAGUUUGAGCGGAACCUGGCAAGAUUCAGGGAAGACCACCCAGAUCUUAUUCAGAAUGCCAAGAAGUCGGACAUCCCUGAGAAACCCAAGACCCCACAGCAGCUGUGGUACAAUCACGAGAAGAAAAUCUACCUGAAAGUGCGCCCGGAUGCCACCACGAAGGAGGUGAAGGACGCGUUGGGCAAGCAGUGGUCUCAACUCUCCGACAAAAAGAGGCUGAAAUGGAUUCAUAAGGCCCUGGAACAGCGAAAGGAGUACGAGGAGAUCAUGCGGGAUUACAUCCAGAAGCACCCGGAGAUGAACCUCGAGGAAGGCGUCACGCGCUCCACCCUCACCAAGGCAGAACGCCAGCUCAAGGACAAGUUCGAUGGGCGACCCACCAAGCCCCCUCCGAACAGCUACUCUCUGUACUGUGCGGAACUGAUGGCCAACAUGAAGGACGUCCCCAGCACGGAGCGGAUGGUGCUGUGCAGCCAGCAGUGGAAGCUGCUUUCCCAGAAGGAGAAGGAUGCGUACCACAAAAAGUGUGAUCAGAGGAAGAAAGAUUACGAAAUCGAACUCUUUCGCUUCCUGGAGAGCCUGCCCGAGGAGGAACAGCAGAGGGUGCUGGGGGAAGAGAAGAUGCUGGGAGCGAACAAGAAAGGUGCCACCAGCCCAGCUUCCAAAAAAUCAUCGCCGGACACUGGCAAGGCCAAGUACAAAGCCCGAGAGGCGGCCAUGAAGGCGCAGUCGGAGAGGAAGCACAGCUCCGACAAAGAGGAGCGCGCCAAGCUACCCGAGUCCCCCAAGACAGCCGAGGAGAUCUGGCAGCAGAGCGUCAUCGGAGACUACCUGGCUCGCUUCAAGAAUGACCGGGGAAAGGCGUUGAAGGCCAUGGAGGCCACUUGGAACAACAUGGAGAAGAAGGAGAAGCUGAUGUGGAUAAAGAAGGCGGCGGAGGAUCAGAAGCGCUACGAGAGAGAGUUGAGUGAGAUGCGGGCCCCCCCGUGCUCUGCAAACUCCUCAAAGAAGAUGAAAUUCCAGGGAGAGCCGAAGAAACCCCCCAUGAACGGUUACCAGAAGUUCUCCCAGGAGCUGCUAUCGAACGGUGAGCUCAACCACCUGCCACUGAAGGAGCGGAUGGUGGAGAUCGGCAGUCGCUGGCAGCGCAUCUCCCCGAGCCAGAAGGACUAUUACAAGAAGAUGGCUGAGGAGCAGCAGAAGCAGUACAAGAUGCACCUGGAAAUCUGGCUCAAGAGCCUGUCACCGCAGGAGCGAGCUGCCUACAAAGAGCACACCUCAAAUAAGCGCAAGAGCAUGGGGAAGGUGCGGGGACCGAACCCCAAAAUGAAGCCUGCCAUGCAAAUCAAAUUGGAGUCCGAGGAGGAGGAUGACGAGGAGGAGGAGGAGGAGGAAGAAGAUGACGAUGUUGAUGACGAUGAUGACAAUGGGGACUCGUCCGAGGAAGGCGGGGACUCAUCGGAGUCAAGCAGCGAGGAGGAGAGCGAGGAUGGGGAUGAGAAUGAGGACGAUGACGAAGAGGAUGAUGACGAAGAGGAAGAUGACAAUGACUCUGAGGGCAGCAGCAGCUCCUCCUCUUCCUCAGGCGAUUCCUCUGACUCGGACUCCAACUGAAAUGCCCACAACGCCACCUUCUUGCCGGACUUUCAGUAAUUCCCCACCCCACCCCGACCAGUAAUAUCCCGGCUGGAGAUCUGGGUUGAUGGUUGCAGGGAGGGGGAUGGGAAAAUCACUGUGGCUAAUUUUUUUCCCCCUCCCUCUUAAAGAAUUUCACACUAAUGGGGUGGGGUUGGGGCAGCUGAUAAAAAGCUUUGUUUUAGGGGGAAAGAAGGGGAUAUUAUGUGUUGUUUUUCCCCAUAGAGUUUGCAUUCAAUUCUUUAUUUUAUUUUUGUGUUUUGGAGAGGGAGGGGGAUUUUUACCCCUCAGAGCCCCCCAGCUGCCCCUGCCUUCCCCUUCAACUUCCAGCUACCCCCUCCAGACUUUAUACAAAACCCUCGCCAAAAAUCCUUUUUAAAACAACAACAAAACCGCGACAAAAAUGUAGUGGCAAGAGGCGCAGAGCUUUGUUCUGGCAGUGCGCGGGCCGAGCAGCUCAGGACUCGGCUGUCGGGAUGAUCUCCCCCUUUGCCUCUCCAGCCGGAGGAGGGAACGGUCUUGUACAGUCUGAAGUUGCAUCUGGAGCUCCUGGAGAGCAAGUCCCGCUGCACUUAAGAGCUCCUGGAAUGAACUUACCACGCAGCAUUUCCUUCUGGGGACGGGGGAGAAUUUUUGUGUGUGUGUGUGUUUGGGGUGGGGUGGAGUGGGGGGAGUUUAAAAAGAUGUUGCCCAGUUUCAGGGGCGGGAAGGGCUGGCAUUGGGUCGGGGAGUUAGGGGGCUGUUACAGAGCAUACCAUUGGGAGCUGAUCAUUGCAUCACCCAAAGGAAACAUGGUUGAUCCGUUGUAUUCAACCAGCAUUUGGGCAAAGAUGGUUGCAGGCGGAUCCCAGAUUUGAAUAUAUAUAUAUAUUUUUUUUUUUACAAUGAAGUGACCAAUUAUUGUACUGGAACGGGGCAUUUGUCAACUGGGAGGGGGCGGGCACGGGAGCAGGGUUCGGCUGCAAGGAGAGAUCAUCUGUGUCGGUGGUUGUCGUGUUGUUGUUGUAUUAUUUUUUUUUUCUUUUAUAAAGCGAGAAAGAUCCAUCUUUUUAUAA